CCCGGGGUAAGAGAAGCCAGCGCCGCGGGCUGGGGCUCCGGGCGCCUCUGGAGCCCAGGAGGCCAGGUGGAGGAUGCAGUCCCCUCCUCCUCCCGUGCCUGGUCCUUUGGCUCUGCUGGACGCUGCAGGGCAGUUUGCAAAAAGAAAGCAGAUUUCUCUUUGGUUUGCGGUCUCUCUGCUUGUGGCGUCCAUCUUCAUACUGACCAUUGGCCUUGCAGCAACAACCAGAACUGAGAAUGUGACUGUGGGAGGCUACUAUCCAGGAAUUAUUCUUGGCUUUGGAUCUUUCUUGGGAAUUAUUGGCAUCAAUUUGGCGGAGAACAGGAGACAAAUGUUGGUAGCUGCCAUAGUCUUUAUCAGCUUUGGCGUGGUGGCAGCAUUCUGCUGUGCAAUUGUUGAUGGAGUUUUUGCAGCUCGACACAUAGAGCCGAGGCCUCUCAAUACUGGAAGGUGCCAGUUUUAUUCAAGUGGGGUAGGAUUUUUGUAUGAUGUCUACCAGACUGAGGUCACCUGCCAUUCCCUGACAAGCAAGUGCCAGCUGAAAGUGAAAAGUAAUACUUGCUAUUGCUGUGACCUAUACAACUGUGAGAACACAGAACAUUCUACCAGUUACUAUGAGUUUGUUGGAGUCAGUGGCUGUCAGGAUGUGGUUCACCUUUACCAUUUGCUGUGGACAUCAACAGUGCUGAACAUCAUUGGUUUGUUUCUGGGAAUUAUCACUGCAGCUGUCCUGGGGGCCUUUAAAGACAUGGUACCCCUUUCCCAAAUGGCCUAUGGUUCUGCACCUCCUCCUCAAAUUCUCUACAAUCCAGCCCAGCAGAUCUUGACUUAUGCAGGAUUCUGCCCUUCUACGGCACCACUCCCGGCUUACUCAUCCUAUCCCUUACCCCUUCAGCCUGCCGGCAAUUUUCCAGCUUCGUCAUCCACUGAUAUCUCUUUAUCUGAUGACACCCAGCCUCCGUCUCAGUCCAGCUCCACCUAUGGGCUUCCUCCCAAUGCCCCACCACUCUAUACACCAACUUAUUUCCUCCCUGGGGAGAAACCUCCACCAUAUGCACCAUGAAACAGCAUAGGUUUUCUGUAGUCACUGGCAGAUUUAAAAAGACACCUCCAGAAAACCAGCUGCUUUUGACUGCCUGCAGAUGGACCAAGAAACUCUUUCCAGUUGCACUUACUUUCUUCUCCCUUCACAUUCACUCAAAAUGGAGCAGUAGUCUGGGAUACCAGGUCAAAUAUCUGACUAAGAAGAGUAUGCUACUAACUUGUGUAACCUCUCGUCCUUUUUUUCCCCACCAUAACUACCGGGGAAGGGGAACUUUGACCAAGAACACUGUUGGUUCUCUACAGAAGCAGCAGAUACCCCUGGCUCCUUUUCUAUAAACCAGCAGAGCACUUUGGUCCUAGGAUUCUUCUUGUCUGGACAGGGCUGUCUCUUCUGGUGUUUUUCCCCCCUUACAUAUAGAAAGAAAACAGAUGUCUUCAAUUUCACUUAAUAAUAGCAUUUUUAAAGAAUCAUUCUUUUUUUCCUUGGGGGAAAAAGGUCCAGAGAAAACCAGUGUCACAAUUAAUUUACAAUAAAAAAUGCUAUAUGUUUAUUUAUAUAUUAUAUAUAUAUAUAUCAUAUGUUUGUUUACAUGUUACAAAGAAGAGAUGUGGUCCCCCAUUGUUGCAGUG